UCGUAACAACGAAGCCAUACUAUAACUUUUUUCUUUUAUUUAUUUUGUUAUAUUUUGGCAGUUCAGCCAUAAAAUUUUUGAAAUUAUUUUUUUUUCAUAAAAGGUUUUAUUACCAAUUUACCCACCCAUUAAUGACGUCACGCGCUGUUAUUAGUGUUUCCUUCGACGUGAGAGACAGACAAAACAUAUUGAAUAUUUUUAUUGAUCGAAAUUAUUAUUAUUUAACAAAAACAUUAGGCGAUUAAUCAUUAAACUUUACGAAAUUGUUGCCCGAUUUCCAAAAUCUCCAAUAUAGCUGACAUAUAAUAUAAAUCAUUAUAAUUUUAAAGCAGUUUAGUAUUUACUAUAUAUAUACUAAACUAAAAUCUAUAUAUAUAUAGCUUAGUGCACUGCAAUAUAUGCUCGCUUCUUGCCUAUGUUGUGUAACGUUUGUAGGUGCGCACGCGCUGCCACGAGGCGGCACAAUGGCAGACUGUGAUGUCGGGCGAGCUCGAAGCAGAGAGCGUCGGUCGCAGUGUUAUGUGCGCAGCCGAUGCUGAGAUGGCACUCAAAAUAAAAUUUACGACGCACGAUACCGGGUGGUCUGGUGACAUACCUCUAAAAGAAUGCCCAAAAGAAAACGUACCUUGGCUUGUCAAAGUGCCGAGUGAAGGCGAUCUGCCGUACAACUCUGUGUGGUGUCGCGUGGUGCGCGCUCGCAGCGACGGCCGCAUACUCGCCGCCAUCUGGCCGCUGUACGUGCUGUACUCUCACGUGCCGCAUGACACUGACGUGAGUAAUAUAUUUACAUUUUUAUAUAUGAACAUAUGUUAACCAUAAUUUUAGGGUUAUAUAUUAUUUCGCCAUGUCCGUCUGUCCGUCCGACCGCGCUUUAGCUCAAAAACUAACGAGAAAGUUGUAAAUUGGCAUCGGCAUGAUUGACACGUUAAUUACGCCGACAAAUUUCGAAUAGUAUUUUUUUCGAAUUCCCCAUAGUUUGGGAUAGAUCUUUCAAAAACGUUGGAAGUGUGGGAAGGCCGUUU